AUGGCCAAAGUCGCUAUCGAAGAUCUCUCUGGCCAUACAACACCCGUGACCGGCAACCCGUAUGACGGGCUGAUCAGCGCCACGAACAACAACUCGAAGCAGCUCCAAGAGCGGUACGACCUACACCGAAGAACGCGCAACGAACAGCAAAAAGCUAAGAUCGUAGACGAAAACUUCCCCGGCUGGGUCCUGGAUGAAUAUCUAGUCAAGCUGGAUGGUCCCAGACGUGACCCCAGCUUCGUUGACCCCAGAAACUGCCUCGUCUUCUGGGCUCGGCCACCCCAAAAAGUCCGCAAUCUCGUCAACGUGAUCCAGCAGAAACUGCAGGACGUUGCGCCAGAUCUCUGGCUCAUGCCCCUGGACAGCCUCCACAUGACAGCAAUGGAAGUCACGCACUCGCUCACCACCGAGGAGAUCGAACACCUCGUCAGCAUCCUCCUACCAAACGUGGACGCCAUCGUGGACCUGCCCUAUCACCACCGGGCGCGCCUGAUCAAGCCAAUGGUAAGCUACGACUCGGCAGCGCUAGCCCUCAGCUUCGUCCCGGCAUCGGGCGAAGCCGUGCCAGGAGACCGCCGCGCCUCAGAAGACGAGUACACGUACCACCACCUCCGCCGGGAUCUGUAUACGGCGAUCGAAAACGCGGGCGUCAAAGUCGCCUCGCGCUAUGUAGUGCCCUCUGCACAUCUCACGAUUGCGAGGUUCAACACGCCGAACGUUUUUGGUGGUGAUCCGAUGGAUAAGGCGCCGACGCUAGAGCUCAAGAAGCGAAGCCGCUGGAUCAGAGAGAUAGAGAUGAUUAACGACUGGUUAGAAGCGAUCAUGCGGGGUGGCGAGUGGAUUGUGGGGGAGGAGAGGGGGAUCGAUUUCAGGAAGGGACGGCUUUGGUAUGGGGGUGGGGAGACGAUCAAGUUGGGGACCAGUUUUGCGCAUCGAUGA